AUGCUCAACAAGCUGCACGGCCAGCCUGACAGCUAUGACCGCAAGUCACGCUACAAGUUUGGAAAGACACUAGGUGCUGGAACCUAUGGCAUUGUCCGAGAGGCCGACUGCCCAGAUGGCAAGGUCGCGGUCAAAAUUAUCUUGAAGAAAAACGUCCGCGGUAACGAGCAGAUGGUCUAUGACGAGCUGGAGAUGCUGCAGAAAAUGAAACAUCCGCACAUUGUCAAGUUCCACGAUUGGUUCGAAUCGAGGGACAAAUAUUACAUUGUGACCCAGUUGGCAACCGGAGGAGAACUCUUCGAUCGUAUUUGCGAGAAGGGCAAGUUCACUGAGAAGGAUGCUGCCGAGACGAUCCGUCAGGUUCUUGAUGCAGUGAACUACCUUCACCAACACAACUGCGUCCACAGAGACUUGAAACCCGAGAACCUCCUCUACCUGACACGGGAAGCCAACUCCUCCCUUGUACUGGCUGACUUUGGUAUCGCGAAGAUGCUCGAUUCGAAACACGAGGUGCUGACUACCAUGGCUGGCUCCUUUGGUUAUGCGGCACCUGAGGUAAUGCUAAAGAAGGGACAUGGCAAGCCCGUUGAUAUGUGGUCUAUGGGAGUCAUCACGUAUACACUGCUUUGCGGUUACUCUCCAUUCAGAUCUGAGAAUCUUGCAGAUCUGAUCGAGGAAUGCAAGAACGGCCGUGUCAUCUUCCAUGAGCGCUACUGGAAGGAAGUCAGCAAGGACGCAAAGGACUUCAUUACACUGCUGCUGCAACCAAACCCGGAUAAGAGGCCAAGCAGCGAGGAUGCGCUCAAGCAUGUCUGGCUGAGCGGCAAGACUGCCAGCGACCACAACUUGCUGCCCGAGAUUCGCGCAUACGUCGCGAAGGCUCGCCUCAAGCGCGGUAUUGAGCUGGUCAAGCUUGCGAAUCGUAUUGAAGCCCUGAAGAUGCAGGAAGAUGAGGAAGAGGGAGUGCCUGGUGAGGCAGACGUGCCUGCCAACGCACUGGAGACGGCUGGUGAGGCGAUCGCAAACCACACUACAAGCAAGGCCUUGAAGACGACAGAAGACGCGACUGGUACCGGCGCUAGCACAACCGGAAAGGGACCAAGCCGUUUGAGUCAGAUCGCGAAGGGCGCCAUCUUCCGCGAAGUCGUGCUUGCGAAGGUGCGCGAGAUGAAGGAGCAAGAGGCCCGAAAGGAGUUUGAAAAGACCGCGACAGAGGCUGCUUCCAAGAAGAGCUAA